AUGGUCAGCAAUCUUGAAGUCCCUUUUCUCUCGUGUGUGCCCCUCAUGCAUGCUUUCCCUUCGCUCAAUUGCAGCAUCUUCUUCUUGAGCUCAGAAGGGAUAAGCCAUACACCAGCAGAACCCAAGUCCGCUGCCGCCCCUGCAGACACUGCUGACGCUGACACUCGUGACCAGUGGCUUAUUCGCGACGCUGCUGCUCGCCUAGCUGUGCGAAACCACCUACAGCUAGCCGAGCGCGCGCACUUUAGCCAGCAGAAAACCGCCAAGGACCUGUUCGACGCAGUCGUAGCUCGCUACAGCUCGCCUGCCACUGCUGCGCUAGGCCGUCUUAUCAGGCCCUACCUCUUUCCUGACCUGUCCGCCUUUCCUACAGUCGCUGAUCUCAUCACCCACCUCCGCACUAGCGACGCUAGGGUGCGUGCUGCGACCCCUGCCGACUUCCUCACCAAGAACCCUCCCCCUAUUCACUACACCCUCUACCUCCUAGUCACUCGCCUCCCUGACUCUCUUCACACUGUUAGGGACACCUUCCUCGCCAUGGACCCCACUGAGCUCACUAUAGACCUCCUCGAAAAGCACCUUACAGGGUGUUCCCCCUCUCCCCUCCUCCCCUCUGUCGCCACUGCUGCUGCUGUCGACCUCCUUGGUGCUGAGGAGGUUGGGGUUGCGUCUGCUUCCAGUGGCAGGCGCCGCAGCGGCAAAGGGAAGGGCGGCAAGGGUGGUGGGGGUGGAGGCGGUGGUGGAGGCUCGGGUGGUGGCGGCGGGGGUGGUGGGAGCGGCGGGGGUGGGGGUGGGGGCGUUGGGGGUGGCGGCGGCGGAGGUGGCGGUGGUGGGAGUGGCAGCGGAGUCGGUGGCGGUGGUCGCAGUGGUAUGGCCCAGCGCGGCGGCUCUGGAGGCAGCCAGGCACAGCAGCAGCAGCGCCAGCGCCUGCCCCGUACGCCGCAGGACCUUCGUGAGUGGUACGCGCAGCGUCAGUCGCCUGGGGGUGGUGGUACCUGCCCGUAUAUUAUUCGUACGGGUGAGCGUGCUGGUCAGACCUGCGGGAGGUUGCACACCCAGCACCGCUGCUUUUCCCGCCUUAGUGACGCCUGGCGUGCUCAGUUUCCUGACUGCUCUGAGCUGCCCGACUGGGCUGAGCUGCUUAGGAGGGGUGUAGAGAUCUUUGAUCUUGACUAUGAUGCUAUCCUUGCUGCCAUGUAUGCAUUGACUGUUAGUGUAGAGGGUGACUGUUACCUGUGUGUUCCGCCAGACCCUGGUAUAGAGGCUGCUGCUCCAGGUGCUUGUGAGUCUGCUGCCCUUGGUGCUUGCGAUUCUGCUGCCCUAGGUGCUAGUGAGUCCGCCCUCUCAGGUACUGCGCCUACUGAGGCCUUGUACACUUUCACGCUAGACUCAGGUGCCUCCCGCUGCUUCUUCCGCGACAGCACCACAGUCACACCGCUCUCUGCACCGGUUCCGGUCUCCCUUGCUAACCCCUCCAGGGGACCUGUCCUUGCACGUUCCUCCACUGUCCUCCCCUGUCCGGCGGUCCCGUCUGGCUCACUUACAGGUCUCCACCUCCCCUCGUUCUCUACGAACCUGGUGAGUAACGCCGUCAUCCAGGAUGAGUGGGUUGACACCUUCACCCCUGGAGGACGUCGUGUGGCGAUCUGCACGUGUGCCCGCACGGGCCGCCACCUGGCCACGUUCACCCGUCGGCCUGGGUCGAGUCUGUACACCCUGACUGUCGGGUCUCCCCAGGUUGCUGCUACUGGUCAGGUGUCCUUGUCCGGACUGGAGUCUGCCCCUUGCUUGUGUCGUCGCCUGUCGCACCAGACUCUCCUCUGGCACCACCGCCUUGGUCACCCCUCUCUGCCGCGCCUCCGUGGCAUGCACUCCCGUCUGCUUGUCUCUGGUCUUCCCCAGUCGCUGCCGUCGCUCCCACGCUCGCCUGCCCCGCCGUGUCUCCCUUGUGUCGAGGGGCGGCAGCACGCCGCUCCUCACUCCUCCUCGUUUCCCCCGACAGACGCUCCCCUGCAGACUCUCCACAUGGACGUGUGGGGCCCAGCCCGCGUCCGGGGACAGGGCCGCGAGCAGUACUUUCUGCUGGUUGUUGACGACUACUCGCGGUACACCACGGUCUUCCCCUUGCGCAGCAAGGGUGAAGUCCCUGCUGUCUUGAUCCCUUGGAUCCGCGCUGGGGAGGGCAUCCUCCAAUCGUUCACGCUUCCGGCCUCUCCGCAGCAGAAUGGGGUUGCUGAGCGCCACAUUGGCCUAGUCAUGGAGAUCGCUCGCACCUCCAUGAUCCAUGCAGCUGAUCCCCAUUUUCUGUGGCCGUUUGCGGUCCGGUACGCUGCGCAUCAGCUCAACCUCUGGCCCCGUAUCUCCUUGCCGGAGACCUCGCCCACACUGCGUUGGAUGGGGGAGGUUGGCGAUGCGUCGCGCUUCCGGGUCUGGGGCUCUUGUGCCUUUGUCCGCGAUACCACCGCGGACAAGCUCUCCGCUCGCGCCAUUCCCUGCGUCUUCCUUGGCUUCCCUACUGACGCGCCUGGCUGGCAGUUUUACCACCCCACCUCGCGCCGUGUUCUGUCCUCUCAGGACGUCACGUUUGACGAGUCGGUUCCCUUUUACCGUCUCUUCCCCUACCGCACUGCCUCUCUCCCUCCCCCCGCCGCUCUUCCUCGCUCCAGGUCCCCCCCCGGUAGACCCCCUCCCCCCUCAGGGUCCUGCUCCCUCAGAGGAGGUACUGCUAGGGGUCCUGAGUCUAGGGGUGCUGAGCCUGCGGGUGCGGGGCCUGGGGGUGCUGAGCCUAAGUGCGUGGAGCCUGGGAGUGCUGUGCCUGAACGCGUGGAGCCUGGGGGUGCUGUGCCAGAGCGUGUGGAGCCUAGGGGUGCUAAGCCUGGGGGUGCUGAGCCUGGGUCUGGUCGGCAGGAGCCUCUCUCCCCGCAGCAGCUGCGUGAGUGGUACACUCGACGCUACUGCCGUUCGCGUGGCGCUGCUGGUGCUGGGGGCUCGGCCACUGGAGCUGCUGGAGCUGCAGGCACUGCUGGUGGUACCGCUUCUGGGGCUGGACGUGCUGGGACUGCUGGACCUACUACCGCUGCUGGUGCUGGAGGAGCCCCUGGUGCUGUUGGUCCCGGAGGUGCUCGUACUGGAGGUACUGGAGCUGCUGGGGCUGGUGGUGCUGGUCCUGGGGCUACUGGAGCCGUCGGCCCUGCCGCUGGAGACGAUGGAGCUGGAGACACUGGGACUGGAGGUCCUGGUGCUGGAGGCGCUGACGCUGGAGAUCCUGGUGCUGGAGCCUCUGGGGCGGGAGGAGUCGGAGCUGGUGACGCUAGUUCUGAAGGUGCUGCUGCUGCUGGUGCUGCGCAGCGGCGUCUGUUCUUCACUCCGCCGUCGCCGUCGUCUCUCCACCGCCUGACUCCGUGCUUCACAGACUCGCUUACAGAGCGUCGUGAGCCUGCGUCUCGUCCUGCCUCGCCUGUUCGCGCCGCUCGCACUGCUCGCCGUGUCCCGCGUCCGCGUCCUCCUCCUGUGCCGGGCACUCACACCAUGGCACUUCGUCCCUCCUCUGCUCCGCAGCGCGUCCCACUGCCGUCUCCUCCUGCGUCCUCUCUUCCUGAGCUUCCUGACCCUGAGUCUGACGCUGUUCGUGCUGCUAGUCCCACCGACACGCGUCUUCUGGCUAUUGUUGUCACUGACCCGUCGUUUGAGUCUGCUGCUGCAUCUGCCUUAGUUGCUGAGCUCGUUGACUUUGCUGCUGUGUGUCGUCUAGACUACGCUGCCAGUCUUGUUGCUGAGUCUGAGUCUGUCUGUCCUCCGUCCGUCGGGGGUGAGUGUGCUCUUGGCACGGACGUCCUUGAGGACAGACAGGAGGAGCUCGACUGUCUUGCGGCUGCUGUACCUCAUCUCGUGGCCUGGCUGCUUGCCCCUGAGGGAGACCCGGAUGCACUGGACAUCCCGACCCCGCGCUCUUACACAGAGGCGAUCUCGGGUCCCUACUCCUCUCAGUGGCAGACAGCCGUGGACGCAGAGAUGGCAUCCUGGAAGUCCACAGGCACCUACGUCGACGAGGUUCCCCCUCCUGGGGCGAACAUCGUCGAUGGCAUGUGGAUUUUCAGGGUGAAGCGGCCGCCGGGUUCUCCGCCUGUCUUCAAGGCUCGUUACGUUGCACGAGGUUUCAGUCAGCGACAGGGAGUUGACUUCUUCCAGACCUUCUCCCCCACCCCGAAGAUGACCACUCUUCGGGUGCUGCUGCACGUUGCCGCUCAGCGUGACUACGAGCUUCACUCUCUUGACUUCAGCACAUCUCUCAGUCUCCGCCAGGCACCUCGUGAGUGGCACGACACACUGAGGACGACACUUGCGGCGCUUGGGUUUGCUCCUUCGACUGCAGACCCGUCGCUGUUCCUCCGCACCGACACGUCGCUGCCGCCGUUCUACAUCCUCGUGUAUGUCGACGACCUGGUCUCUGCUACUGCUGACACUGAGGCACUUGCUCUUGUGAAGUCGGAGCUGCAGAAGAGACACACGUGCACAGACCUGGGUGAGCUGCGCAGCUACCUUGGCUUGCAGAUCACCCGGGACAGAGCACGCCGCACCAUCACCUUGACUCUGUCACACAUGGUGCAGCACGUCCUUCAGCGCUUCGGCUUCCAAUUCUCCUCACCACAGUCCACUCCUCUGUCUACCGGUCACUCGCUCUCAGCUCCACCUUCGAACGAGUCCGUAGAGCCGAGUGGCCCGUACCCAGAGCUUGUGGGCUGCCUCAUGUACCUGAUGACUUGCACACGACCUGACCUUGCGUACCCUCUUAGCAUCCUGGCUCGCUACGUUGCGUCUGGGAGGCACACGCGAGAGCACUGGGAGGCUGCUAAGAGGGUGCUGUGCUACUUGUGCAGUACAUCAGGCAUGGGGCUGGUGCUUGGAGGACGGGGUGACGUUGUCCUCACUGGACACUCAGACGCCUCUUGGGUUGAUGACCUGGCUACGCAGCGGUCGUCACAGGGUUAUACCUUCAGCCUUGGCUCUGGCUCUGUCUCUUGGCGGUCUACCCGUUCGUCUUCUGUUCUCAGCUCCAGUUGUGAGGCUGAGAUCUACGCCACAGCCAUGGCUGCACAGGAGUUACGCUGGCUCACUUACCUGCUGACUGACUUGGGAGAGCAGCCGCGUUCUCCUCCAGUUCUGUACGGCGACAACAAGGCAGCCCUUGCCUUGUGUCAGGAGCACAGACUGGAGCACAGGACAAAGCAUAUCGCUCUGCGUUACUUUCUUGCUCGAGAGCUACAGCAGCGCGGCCAGCUUCGCCUUGCUUACGUGGACACGCGGGCGAACACAGCUGAUAUAUUCACCAAGGCACUUCCGCCUAGUGAUCAUCAGCGUCACUGCACUGCUCUAGGUCUCGUGCCUACGUUCUCACACUUGCUUACUGCUUGA